ACUCCUUAACAGCACUGUUCCAGGCACUUUCGGUAUUUUUUAGCAGAUUCUGGCCACCCUCAAAGAUAUAACAAAAGGAAAAAAAUUUAAAUUAAUACGGAAUUUGCGAACAUUUUCCUGUCACUUGAGAAAAAUUUCCGACAAAAAGAGGAGGCCCCGACCAGACGAGACCAGACCCCGCCAGAAGGAAUAGCAUAGUGAAGAACAAUGGCGACCCCCCAAUCGCCCACACCCAUGUUCAAUGGACUGGAUGACGAUCUCUAUAACGAGGCCAAAUUCGCACACGAAAUCAACGACAAAAUGCGCGUACCCAAGCGCAUAAAGGCCACGGGCGAAUACUCUGACGAGGACUUGCUGCUGUCCAACCAGAAUGGGAAUCAGUUCAUCAGCUCUUGGAACUACCACGACAAGAUCGACAUGAAUGUGCCCGACCGGAUUGUGGUGCUGGGGCACAAUCAGCAUCUAGAGACGCGCUCGGCACCGCGCGAAAUACAGCUGGAGAACUCUAUUUUACCCAAGAAUCCCUCGGCGAGCUUUGCCCGCGUCCAGACACCACCGCGUGUCAUCACACUCACCGAUCAUCACUUCCCAUCGGCCUCCGAGGAGAGCUCACCCAUCAGGGCCAACGGCCAUCACGUUUAUGGCCAGGAUCAGGACUAUGACGAGGAGGACGAGCAAGGGAAUGCCACGCAAUACGUGCGCGCCAAUGGCACGGCCCGCAUGGGCUUCCACACAAACGAUGCAAACUCCGUGGAGUCCGAUUCGCAGCUAACCACCGGCAGUGCCAGCAAACGUUCUCAGCUGAAUCUGCAGCAGCAGCACAACAAUCUGGAUGCCUCGAUGCUGGCCCAGCGUGAGGGCACGCCAAUGGGCGAGUUGACGCCCCACGAGGAGAUCCUGUAUCUACGCCGGCAGCUGGCCAAGCUAAAUCGCCGGGUGCUCAACAUUGAGAUCAACAACGAGCAGCGCAUGCAGCGGGAGAAGAUCGUCUAUUGCCUGGGCCUGGCCUACUUUGUGCUGAAGACAAUAUUCUGGCUGAAUCGCAAUUAGACGGACAAGGUGCUCCGGUCCACAAGGAAAAUGUGGAUAAUGGCACAGACCCCACCCACUUGGACACCCCCUGGAACAGCUCCCAAUCGUUUCAUAUCCAUUUUUAUUUCAUCUUCUGUGGAAUGGCUCUGAGAGAGACUUGUUUGUUUUGUUGUUCGCCAUAAUUCGUAGAUUAAGCUCUGUAAUAAACUAAGCGCAACACCUCCACUAUGUGUCCCAACUGAUAAAAAACAAAGAAAGAAAAGGCGAAGGACUUCUCAACUUAACUACCAAGAUCUGAAAACACUUAAGGAUAGGAGCGUAGCCGCCCAACUCAAUAUAUACCAUAUAUGUAAGCUUUAAUCUUUGUAUGUUUCACCCAUAAUCGAAUCGCAAGAAUCAAACCCAACACCAUCAUCCUUCUCCUCCUCAUCCAUUGGCACUGAAUCGACAGAUAUUGUUUGUAGGGUUGUGUUGUGUUUUAUAUUUGUUAAUCAUUGAUAAUCCCAAAGUGAAUACAAAAACUCCUAAAGGUAUUUUGGGGUGCUAACCCAUACGAUAUAUAGAUAAAUAUAUAUAUAGAACUAAAUCCCACAUGAAUCGUUGGAAUAGUGAUUUUUUGCAUAACGCAUAACAAAGAACGGAGCAAAUUCAUUGAAUUCGUAUUGAUAUU